CGAAAGUUGGCAGAUGGCAUCGUUAUCAUGGACCGACAGAUCACUAUCUUGCGCCUUGCUGUUCUUCCAUAACAUACGCUUCUACUAUAUUCUGAAAAUUUUACAAUAAUCAAAUCACAAAAUCAUUCACUCAGAAUCUCUCUGCAUUUUACUUGCUAAAUGGAGGUAAGGGUUUUUGUGGGUUUUUAGAGAUUGACGAAUCUACGAAGUUCUGGAUUUUCAUGGUUUUUCAGAGCAUAGGAGGUGAUUUUUGAGUGGUUCAAAGCUAAUGAGACACCGCCUGGCGGCAACACCACCUUUAGGAGAACAAAUGGAGAAGGGGCAAGGCAAGAAUCAACAAUCACGGCUAUGUUUAUUAGUUUCAUUAUCACUUUUGUUUUGGAGCUUAUUGUUGUAUUUCCAUUUUGUGGUACUUGGAGGUAGUAGUAUCGUUGAUAGCUUGAGCACAUUAUCGUAUGAAACUGAAUCUUUACAUGCUCGGAUGAGCAAUUCUAACCAGAUCCCUGUUAGUCGCCCCAUCACCAUUGAGCGUCCUAGAGUUGAUGGUGGCUAUGAAAAAGAAAUAUCAGUUAAUAAUGAAUCGAAAGAUGAAAGUGUAAAUAAUGUGAUGGCCGAAGGUGUGAGAGCGCCACCAGUUAUUAGCCAUUCGGAUAAUCAUGAGAUGCAGAAUUAUCCUUUUGUGAGGGCGUUGAGAACAAUAGAGAAUAAGAGUGAUCCGUGUGGAGGGAGGUAUAUUUAUGUUCAUGAUCUUCCUCCAAAGUUCAACGAGGAUAUGCUUAAGGAGUGUAAGAGCCUCAGCCUUUGGACAAACAUGUGUAAGUUCACUACAAAUGCUGGGCUUGGUCCGCCAUUGGAGAAUGUUGAAGGGGUGUUCUCAAACACUGGGUGGUAUGCAACAAAUCAGUUUGCGGUGGAUGUGAUCUUUAGUAAUCGGAUGAAGCAAUAUGAGUGUUUAACAAAUGAUUCAUCUCUUGCUGCUGCUAUUUUUGUGCCUUUCUAUGCCGGUUUUGACAUUGCCAGGUAUCUUUGGGGGCAUAACAUAUCGACAAGGGAUGCUGCUUCUCUUGCUUUAGUUGAUUGGCUCAUGUCGAGGCCAGAAUGGAGCAUAAUGGGAGGAAAGGAUCAUUUUCUUGUGGCGGGAAGGAUAACUUGGGAUUUUAGGAGACUGAGUGACCAAGAAUCGGACUGGGGGAACAAACUUCUGUUCUUACCGGCUGCCAAAAACAUGUCCAUGCUUGUGGUGGAGUCGAGCCCUUGGAAUGAGAAUGACUAUGGCAUCCCUUAUCCAACCUACUUCCAUCCUGCACGGGAUGCUGAAGUGUUAAUUUGGCAGGACCGGAUGAGGAAUCUGGAACGCAAGUAUCUUUUCUGUUUUGCUGGUGCACCUCGUCCCGACAAUCCCAAAUCAAUCAGGGGCCAUAUCAUUGAUCAGUGUAAGAAAUCUAAGGUGUGCAAAUUACUCGAGUGCGAUUUUGGAGAGAGUAAGUGUCACUCUCCUAGCAGUAUCAUGCGGAUGUUUCAGAGCUCUCUUUUCUGCCUGCAGCCUCAGGGCGAUUCAUAUACGAGAAGAUCAGCAUUUGACUCCAUGUUGGCUGGUUGUAUACCGGUGUUCUUCCAUCCUGGAUCAGCCUACACGCAGUACACCUGGCAUUUACCGAAGAAUUAUUCUCAAUACUCUGUUUUCAUUCCAGAGGAUCACAUUCGUAAGAGGAAUAUCAGCAUAGAGAAAACACUCAGUCAAGUUUCUCCUAAGCAGGUAAAGCAAAUGAGGGAGACAGUUAUAAAUCUCAUCCCUCAGCUGAUAUAUGCCGAUCCUCGUUCUAAAUUGGAAACUCUCAAAGACGCCUUUGACGUAGCUGUUCAGGCAGUUAUUGACAAGGUUACUAGGUUGAGGAGGGACAUCAUCAAGGGGUGUAAAGAUGAUAAUUUUAUCGAGGAACUUAGUUGGAAAUAUGCUUUAUUAGAUGAAGGUCAAGAGAUAGGACCUCAUGAAUGGGAUCCAUUUUUCUCAAAACCGAAGCCUGGGAAGGCAGAUUCUGAUAGUUCAUCAGCUGAUGCAGCUAAAAAUUCUUGGAAGAAUGAGCAAAGUCAACAGUCAUGACUUGACUUGAAGGUGAAGUCUAUCUGUGUAUCUCCAGCAAAUACAUGGGGAAAAAAAUGGAGCUUUAAGUGAGUCUUUGCUUGAAUUUUGUUUAAAGCCGUAUUCGAUGAAAAUCAUAUGUAUGGCUAGAAGGGAGAUCUUUCAUAUCUUUCAAAAUCCACUCUAUUAAUCCAGAUUUGUGAAACUACUUCCCAUAUAAUAGAUUUUUCAACAUUUUCCUCAA